AUGCCAACAAACCUCUUCAUCCUAAUCUUCACUGCAAAGCCCCUCGACUACGCCCGAUCCAGACACACAGCGCUAUACUUCGAAUUCGAACCACAAGCAGAAGCCGAACAAGCAGCCGCAGCAACAGAAAUAAGCGUAGAAGACGCCCGCGUCCAUGCGCAUACCUAUGCUGAAGAAAGGGUUUCUUCACUUGUUAUGGAGAUUAAGGGAGAACCCGGCUGCUUUUCCUUCUUUGAGCGUGUUAAUUGUGCUGUGCCUGUUUUUGAAAAGGGUUAG